AUGAAUGCCUUUGAGAUGGCUGCGUUCUCUUCUCGGUGGUCCAUGGAGAAUGGACCACCAACUCGCCGCUCCAAUGAGGUUCGUGCCACUCUCGAGACCAGUAGCUCUCCCCGCUACGGGGCCAGCCGUCGGGCUGCGUCCCCCCGGAUUGCCGCCAUUAGGACUCCGGUGAUUCCCCCAGGUUAUCAGCAGAUCCCAGGGUACGAAGCCCACCGUCAGCGACAAGAGGCUCGCGCGCUCAUGGGAUCGAUUGCGGAGCGCCGGGGUAAGCCUACCCCCGCCCGAAUCUUGAUCCAUGGUGAGGCACCUAGUCUUCUGUCGCAUCGACGACGUUGGUAA